AUGGCGGAAAGACCCGAAAAGUGCCGAAGAGGCGGUGAUGCCGAGGAGCGCGGUUUUUCUAUCCAGCCGGAUUUAUCCGCCGGGUUACGAGCUUCCCGGGUGCUGCUGGUGGGGAUGAAGGGUCUCGGAGCCGAAGUGGCGAAGAAUCUCAUCUUGGCGGGAGUCAAAGGUUUGACCAUGUUGGACCAUCAGCAGGUUUCCCAAGAGGACACGCGAGCUCAGUUCCUCAUCCCCGGGGGUUCCUUGGGUCGCAACAGAGCCGAAGCUUCGCUGGAGCGGGCACAGAACCUCAAUCCCAUGGUGGACGUAAAAGCCGACCCCGCAAAUGUGGAGAGCAAACCCGAAGAGUUCUUCACCCAAUUCGACGCGGUCUGUCUAACCGGCUGUUCCCGCGACGUUAUGGUGAAGAUCGACCAGAUUUGUCACAAGAACAGCGUCAAGUUCUUCACCGGUGACGUUUUCGGCUAUCACGGCUAUAUGUUCGCCGACCUCGGGGAACACGAAUUCGUGGAAGAAAAAACCAAAAUCGCCAAAGUCAAUCCCGGCGUAGAAGAUGGACCGGACACCAAAAAAGCCAAACUGGAUUCGGCAGAGACCACUAUGGUGAAAAAGCGGGUGGGAUUUUGCCAACUGAAGGAAGCUCUGGAUGUCGACUGGAGCGGGGAGAAGGCAAAGGCGGCGUUGAAACGCACCGCUCCGGAUUAUUUCCUCCUCCAAGUGCUGUUGAAAUUCCGUACGGAUAACGGUCGGGAUCCUUCCCCCCAAAACUACGCCGCAGAUUCCCAGUUGCUGCUCCAGAUCCGCCGCGACGUUUUGGAAGCGCUGGGAGUCGGCGCCGAUUUGUUACCGGAUGAAUUCGUCAG